AUGGCGCAAACACCCCAACAACGACGCGCGAACGCACAAUUUGCCAAGGCCGAAGAAACAAAACGGGGGAAGCCUGUGAGCUCGAUCAAGAAGGAGAAGAAGGUCGAGAAGGCACCGAUCCCUAAGAUCUGGGUUUAUCUGCUGCUCUUCGUCAUCUGCGGUGGUAUCCUCUUCGAACUGCUCCGGAUUGUCUUCAGUGGUGCUUCGGGAUUCUUUGGUUAG